CUCAGUCGCCGAUAUAUCGCCGCGCUGGCCGCAUUAAAAUCCGAGCUACGGAACUUCGCUGUUUCGCCUCUUGUACGUGGGCUAACUUAAAACAAAAGUGGCUUGCGCAGCCGGCGCGCCUUGAAAGUGUGUUUCUGCGUGUUUAAAAAAAUAGUGUUCGUUAUUGGAAAGCUAAGUCAAGUUAGAAGCAGUGUGGAAAGUGCAUAUUGUGUCUCUUGCCAAGGAUAAAAGUGUUAAAAGUUAACUCCCAGAAAUGCACACACGCAUACCGAUGCAAGCGAAAAGUUAAAGCGACGAUCAUUCAUUACUGCCUCUUCUUCUUAUUCAUCUGCUCUUUACGACGUGUUUCGCUUACCUGUCCAAAACGCGCGUGUAUUGGUGGGCUCCAUCGCUCCAUAGCCCCUUCUCUCUCGCUCUCUUUCGAUUUGCACAUGCAAAAAGGCAGCAGCAGCAACAAAAACAACAACAAAAACUCCGUCUGAGAGCUUUAAAGCCGAAGUUCUCGACGCAGGCGUCGGCGACAGCAGAGCGGCAGCAGCGCAGCGGCAGCGAACAACUCGUACAGCCUGCCAUCAGAGCGACCAGCCAAGCGAAAGAUUGACAAACUAUAUUUACGACUCCCUGCUGAUGAUCUCAGGCAAAUGAUGACAAUCUGACACGCAAGGGAAUCCAUUACAUUUCGUUCUCGCAGAUAAGAGCUUCUGGCGAACUCGACAACAAAGGCAGGGACCUGUCACAUUUAGAUACUCGUCUGCUGACGACUGACCUCAAACUUAAUUACCAACUUAGCCUUUUUGGCCAACCGAAAAGUGGGUGCAGCCCUCUGUGACCUAAUCCUGACCGAGUUGACCUAUUAAGCUGAUGGAAAAGUCAAGUCAGAUAGGGAAAUUCCUUGACUCAUGGAUUAUAGCAGAAGGAAAAUAAGAGCUUACCUAAUUGAAAUGGAUUCAUAAAAUAAGUUAAAACUCGUUGGAUCUCAUUGUUAUCGUUAUGCUGUACAGUAAAACAUGGCAAAGUCGACACUUUAUGCUGCUGGGGUGACCUGUCUGGGCUUUAUUUGCUUCGCCUUGGCAUCUGUGGCCAUUGGCAUACCCAUUUGGGGUUACUACGAUAGUCCAUCGGGCGGCUAUGACUUCGAUCGAGGUUAUUUCGGACCGUUUAAGGUCUGCAAGCAAUUGACUUAUAAUCGCGAGAAAUGCGGCAACGACGUGUCCAAGUUUAGAUUAAGCAAUGCGGUUUUUGUCAGUGGACUCUUGGCCAUUGGCAGCUCAGCUGUGCUGGGCAUCUUCUGCAUUCUGUCGGUCAUUCAACACGCGAUGAUCUCAUCCAGGGAGAAGGUGGUUAUGCCCUACACAACUCUAGUGAUAGUGAAGUUAAUGUUGGCAUUGCUGGGAGGUGUACUGGCCAUCAUAGCGACGGUUUUGUUUGCUCUGCAAAUUGAUGAGCAGGAGCGCUAUGGCUUCAAAGUAUCGCGGGGCAUUUCCUUCUAUAUACAGAUUGUGGCUAUUGUUUUGACAAUUGCUCUGUUCGUAGCCGCCCUGUACGAUGUGAUCUACUCGCGCAGUCCAGGCGGAGAUCCCACAAUGGCGCUGGAUGUGUCAUCUCCGGGCAGUGCCACUACGUUCAAUAAUCCGGGUUUCAAGGAGCCGCGCAGUCGCAACGGCGUUUCGGUGACGGACGCAUCCGGAAAGCCCUACAGCGGAAUCCGGAAUGGAGCGGGAACGGCGGGCAGCGUGGCCUCCAUGAGCACCACCGUGACCAGCGUGUCCAAUGGUUCCACCUUCGACUCGGUGACGCGUUCACCGCUGCGGUCGAGUCUGAAGAAGCCGAGACCCCGGCCGGAUCCAACGUUAGGCAUUCAAAAUCCCGGCUAUUCUGGAUCCGGAAGCUCGCCACCCAUGCGGCGCAAUGGAAGCGUGAAGAAGGUCCGAAUUCAGACGCACAGCACCGAGGUGUAAGAUGGUUUCAACCAACUAGAAUUAAGCCCUUCAACAAGCAGCAAACGACAAAAAACAAAACAAAAAAAUAUACAAAGACUGUGUACAGUAGCAAAAAAAAACAAAGAAAUGUUAAGAUGAGAAAGAUGUAGGUGUCCCUCAUUAAUUAAUUGAUAGUUUCCAACUGAAAAUUGAAAAUUCUUUUUCAUUUGUCUUCCAACAAGGAUGCAUUAAAUUCAAUCGGCCGAGGCCAAAAGUUCUGUUUCGUAAGCAACAGUUUCCGUCCACGGGCAAGGCAAGAGUAUUUAAUUCAAAUUGAAAGUCCCGAAAAGUAUUUGAGUUUCCAUAUACCUCCCAAGUGCCCUUAAGACCCGCCCCAGUCCCGUGCACUUUGGAAAAGCGAAUUAUCCGCAAAAACAGUGGAAUACCAACCUACAAAUAUAAAUAAUUUGCAAUAUUCUUAUUUAACAGAAAAAAAUAAACGUAAGCAUUAUAAAGCUACAUUUGUAAAAUACAUUAAAAUAAAAAUUACACAAAUUGUUAUUUAUAAUUAAGUUUAAGUCAAGGCACAUUGAUUGCCUUUCAAUUAAAUUUGAUAAUUGUAUGUUAUUGUUAGCAAUACUUUAAAUUAAACGCGUUAAUUAACCUAACUGAA